CACUGGGUCCAGUUGGGGAGGCAGUGCCAUCAGCUCAAUGUUCAGGCUCCACGAGGCCCUGCUGGGGCAGUGCAGGUUCAUGGUGCCUGGGCCUUGCAUAUACCUGGUGGGGUAAUGAAAUUGGUUCCCAGUACUUGUCCUGAACAGCGCUCUGUGCUGUUCUUUUUGAGCCUUUGAAGACGGGCUUGCCCUCUGGGCUCUUGGCCUCUCCUUGCCUUGUUCAGGUUAAUAGGAAUGCAGCUUAUGUUCCUGUUAUGUAGGGACAACUGAGGUCCUCCUUUACCCCCGAAUUAACCUUGGUUCAGUAUGCAGCAUUCAUAUUGUUAGUUUACCAGCUGGAGUUACUGAAGAUAGAUCCUCUGUGUACAGCUACUGUCUCUUCUCUCAAGCAGAUAUCAGUUUUGUACAGGAUAGGGUAGGGCCAGUGGAUUUAUCUGAGCAGGAACAGCCCGCUGUUCAGUCCUUGUCGCAGAAGUAUAGCACUGUCUUUGCUGCCGAUAGUGACGUGGGGUGUACCGCCUUCAUUUCACAUAUCCCUAUUGUAAAUGCUGUUCCUGUGUGGCAAAGGUAUCGGCGUAUUCCUCCAUCAGAGUACGAGUUGGUGAAGGAUCAGUCGCCUUCUUGAGGCUCAGCUCGUUCUGCCACAAUCCAACGCUGAGACUCCGGGACUAUAUGCUCACAUUUGGCUGCGGAUGGUUGCGGUUGGUGGCAUUCCACCAGAACAGGAGAGGGCAGAUGUAUUGCAACAAAAAACAAGCAGUGGAGUGAAACGGAAAAAUGGCAGUGAAUGUUCCCGGCCUGCUCUCUGUGCUGGUGUUCUACCUCGCCAUCCUGGGCACAGGGCUGUGGGCCUCCAAGAAGGCUAAGAAGGAGGAGAGGAAAUGCAAGGCCAACCGCAGUGAGGUCACCAUGGUGGGAGGGAGGAACCUCAGCCUCUGGGUCAGCAUCCUGACCACCACUGCUACGUGGGUUGGAGGAGGCUUCCUCCUGGGCACUGCUGAGGUUAUCUACCUCCCUGGUAGGGGUCUGUCCUGGGCCAUUGGCCCCAUCGGCUACAGCCUCAAUCUCAUUGUAGCGGGUCUUUUCUUUAUCAAACCGGUGCACAAGAAGAACUACGUGACCGUGAUGGACCCGUUUCAGGAAAAAUACGGGGACGUGCUGACCAGCGUCCUCUUCAUCCCCUCGGUGCUGGCGGAUGUCUUCUGGGUGGCCUGCAUCCUCGCUGCUCUAGGAGGGACGAUGAGCGUGAUCCUGGACAUCGCCUCCCACUGGGCAGUCAUCCUCUCGGCGGUGGUGGCCAUCCUGUACACGCUGCUGGGGGGACUGUACUCGGUGGCGUACACUGAUGUCGUUCAGCUCUUCCUUGUGUUUUUGGGGCUAUGGCUCUGCGUGCCCUUCAUUCUGGAGAGCCCGGCGUCGGUCAGCAUCCUCUUCACGGCCGUCCAUGAGGUGUUUCAGGUGCCCUGGCUGGGCAGCCUGCAGCUGCAGGAUGUGGGCAUCUGGCUGGAUGACCUGCUGCUGCUGACCAUGUCAGGGGUUUGCUUCCAAGCCUUCUACCAGAGAAUCCUGGCCACCGGCAGCGUGGCCAAGGCCCAGAUCACGUGCUUUGCUGCCGCGGCCAUCUGCUUCAUCCUGGCCAUCCCGCCCAUCCUCAUAGGCGCUGUGGCCGCCUCCACUGACUGGAACCAGACCAGCUUCGGGCUGCCCGCCCCGUACCAGCAGGGCAAAGCUGGCAUGAUCCUGCCCAUCGCCCUGCAGCAUCUCUGCCCACCGUUUGUGUCCAUUGCCGGCAUCGGCGCCAUCGCUGCCGCCGUCAUGUCAUCGAUCGACUCUGCUCUUCUGUCUGCCUCGUCGCUGUUCGCACGCAACGUCUACAAGAACAUCAUCAGGAAAAAGGCCUCGGAGAGGGAGAUUGUGCUUGUCCUGAAGGUCUGCAUUCUGGUCUUCGGCCUGUUGGGGGCGAGCUUGGCCAUGAGCACUGGCUCUGUGUACGUGCUGUGGUUCAUGAGCGGCGACAUCAUGUACUCGGUGGUGUGCGCACAGCUGCUGGUAGUCUUCUUCCUGCCUCGGCACACCAACAGCUAUGGCUCAGCGGCGGGCUUCGUCACAGCUCUGCUGCUGCGCGGCCUGGCAGGGGAGCCGCUGCUGGGCGUGCCCGCCCUGCUCGGCUUCCCGGGCUGCCGUCUGCGUGACGGCAUCCUCGUGCAGGCCUUCCCUUUCCGCACGGCCAUCGUGCUCCUGACGCUAGCCGCCAUCUUGCUGGUGUCCCGCCUGGCCGCCGCCCUAUUCUCCAGGGGACUGCUGUCGGAGCGUUGGGAUGUCUUCAAGCUGAGGCAGAAGGACGGCGCCACCUUGAAGGAAGUGACUCUGAAGGAAGCGGCCGAGGGCAGCAGCCCGAACGCGAGUUCAGAAUGAUGCAGCAGACCAUACGCACAGCACUGUACCGUCUCAUGGAGGAAGGGCAGGAUCUGCAUGUGCCUGUACUAAACAAGGGUAAACUGUACUAUAAGCCAUACUAAUCUAUACUACAAACUAUACUGAAACUUACUAAAUGUUACAGCACAUACACUAUAUUUGCCAGUUACUCACUUAACAUUUACUAAAAACACAGUAUUUUUGUAUAACAUGAAUUUACAAUGUGUUCACCAUUUGAGUACCUUUAUUACCAAGAAAAUGUCACAUCUUUGAUUCAUCACUCUAACUCUAAUGCUAACCACCUCCAGCAGUUAUAACAGCAGAGAAAAUUUGAGGUUUUCUUUCUACAAGAGCUAGAAUUUGCCUAGAAUUUAGAAUACAGCCUAUAAUCUGACUCUGCCAACACCACACAACCAGUUAACAGGCUGUCAGACAUGUACUCUUACAUACUCUUUCCACGUUAUAAAGGACACUUGUUUUAUUUGACUUAUAUUUUCAUUUAUAGUUGUUCACUCAACUUUCCAAAGCUAACAAGAAUAAAAAAAUCUGCAGUUUAUCAAAUAAAUGGAAAAGUAGUAAAUA